AUGCCGUGGCAGGGCAGCGCGGCGGCGCUGGGCACGGCACUGCUGGUGCUGGCACUGGCCCGGGCGCAGAACUACGACUACUACAGCUGGCAGCCCGAGAGCCAGCCCCAUGGGCGCUACUACGGCCGCGAGCCGCAGUGCGUGGACAUACCGGCCGACAUGCAGCUCUGCCGCGACGUGGGCUACAAGCGCAUGCGCUCAGGGCUGGCGGCAGCAGGCGCGGGGGGCACCUUCACCCCUGUGCAACCUUUGCUCCUUCUGCUGCUCACCCCCUGGUUUGGCAGUCAGCCAUGGGCAGGAGCUGGCCCCGGAGCUGGCCCUCAGCAGCAGAGUGGCCACGAUGCUGGCUCGUGUCUCCCUGCAGUGUCCAAGAUCUGCACCCAGUGCGAGAUGGAGCACAAGGCGGAUGGCAUGAUGGAGCAGAUGUGCUCCAGUGACUUCGUGGUGAAGAUGCGCAUCAAGGAGAUGACGGAGGAGAACGGGGAGCGGCGCCUCGUGGCCGCCCAGAAGAAGAAGGUGCUGAAGCUGGGCCCGCUCAAGCGCAAGGACACCAAGAAGAUGGUGCUGCACAUGAGGAACGCGGGCGCCUGCCCCUGCCCGCAGCUCGACAGCCUCAGCGGCAGCUUCCUGGUGAUGGGCCGCAAGGCAGGCGGUCGCCUGCUCCUCCCCGCCAUCUACCCCUGGCAGAAGCACAACAAGGAGAUGAAGUUUGCUGUCAAGUUCAUGUUCUCCUACCCCUGCCCCCUGUACCACCCUCUGCUCUAUGGGGCCGGGCAGCGCUAGGGCCCUGCCUGCCUGCCCUGUCCCAGGACUCCUGCCCGCACCGAUGGGGCCAGAGCUCUGACCCUGCUCUGCGCCCCGGGACCCUCGGCUGCACCCCGGAUCCCUGGCUGCACCCCUGGGGCCCCUGCUCUUCAUCCCUGGGAUUCCCAGCUGCAUUUGUGGGAGCCUAGA